AUGAUGUCCCUUUUGCAAUAUAUCAGUGUGAGGACGGGUUUGCUGGCGGGAAUACCACCGCUGCCACCCCCAGUACCGCCAGCUGUACCCGAUCCUCCCCCACGGCAAUAUGGCGGUAGUCUCGUCAAUCGAGACGUGACUGUCAUCCAGACUCCUGAAACGCAGAUCCCAGAACCAGUAUUGACAGCUGCUGACGAUGACUACGAGGACGGCAGUAACCAGAAAGCGGCUAGGAACCAGUUUCGGGCGCGUACUGUCAAGGGAGCCAACAACGGUGUUGCACUGCGACAGUAUGCUGAGGCUACACUUGGAGGCGGCAGCCUGCGUAAGGUUGUGAAGUUGCCUGAAGGCGAAGACGAGAAUGAGUGGUUGGCAGUCAAUAUGGUCGACUUUUACAACCAGAUCAACCUCCUCUACGGCGCUAUUACCGAAUUCUGCUCGCCUCAGUCAUGCCCCGAGAUGAAGGCAACCGACGAGUUCGAGUACUUGUGGCAGGACAGUGAAAACUACAAGAGGCCGACUAAGAUGGCCGCGCCGGACUACAUUGAGCACUUGAUGGCCUGGGUACAGCGUCACAUUGAUGACGAGCAAAUCCUGCCGAGCAGAAUCGGUGUUGCCUUCCCCAAAUCAUUUCCCUCAACAGUGCGGCAGAUCUUCAAGCGCAUGUAUCGCGUUUAUGCCCACGUCUACUGCCACCACUACGCAGUCAUCAGAGAGCUUGGACUGGAGCCCCAUCUCAACACGAGUUUCAAGCAGUACGUUCUGUUCGUCGACGAGCACAAAUUGGCUAGUGGCAAGGACUUUUAUGGUCCUUUGAACGAUCUCGCGGAGAAGAUGAUUGAGAGCGACUGA